GUGGGUAUGAUUCAAGAUGGCGGCACCCAUAUUGAAGUGGAAGCGCGUUACAAAUACAACAGGACCAGCGCCAAGGCCUCGUCAUGGUCACCGAGCUGUUGCUAUCAAAGAUUUAAUGAUUGUAUUCGGCGGUGGCAACGAAGGGAUAGUGGAUGAACUUCACGUCUACAACACAUCUACCAACCAGUGGUUUGUGCCACCAGUCAAAGGAGACAUUCCUCCGGGCUGUGCUGCCUAUGGAUUUGUGUGCGAUGGAACGCGACUGCUGGUUUUUGGUGGCAUGGUGGAGUACGGCAAGUACUCCAAUGAGCUGUACGAGCUGCAGGCCAGCCGAUGGGAGUGGAAGCGGCUCAAACCGAGGCCGCCCCGAGGUGCCCCGGGGCCCCCGUGCCCGCGCCUGGGACACAGCUUCACACUCAUCGGCAACAAAGCCUUCCUCUUUGGCGGACUGGCCAAUGACAGUGACGACCCAAAGAACAACAUCCCUCGGUACCUGAAUGACUUAUACACGUUGGAGCUGCGACCGUUUUCGAGCUCGAUGGCGUGGGACGUGCCACAGGUGUUUGGGCAGCCCCCACCCCCGCGAGAAUCUCACACGGCGGUAGCCUAUCAGAGCCGCGAGGGGCGCCAGCCACGGACUUCGUUUACUGGCGGCAUGAGCGGCUGUCGCCUGGGCGACCUCUGGCAGCUGGACGUGGACUCGAUGAGCUGGAGCAAGCCGCAGGUCGGCGGCGUGGCUCCACUGCCCCGGAGCCUGCACUCGGCCACACUGAUUGGUCAGCGCAUGUUCGUCUUUGGCGGAUGGGUGCCGCUGGUGAUGGACGAGAACAAGGCGUCGACGCACGAAAAGGAGUGGAAGUGCACCAACACCCUGGCCUCGCUCAAUUUGGACACCAUGGCAUGGGAGCCGCUGGCCAUGGAGGUGUUUGAGGAAGCCGUGCCACGGGCACGAGCAGGCCACUGCUCGGUGGCCAUCAACUCUCGCCUGUACAUCUGGAGUGGACGGGAUGGGUACCGCAAGGCAUGGAACAACCAGGUGUGCUGCAAGGACCUCUGGUACCUUGAGACCGAGAAGCCACCACCGCCAUCGCGGGUUCAGCUUGUGCGUGCCUCCACAACCACCCUGGAGGUCUGCUGGGGAGCCGUGCCCACAGCGGACGCCUACGUGCUGCAGCUGCAGCGCUACGAUGUGCCACCAACCAACACCGUGCCGCCACCUCCCGUGGCACCACCGGCCACACCCGUGGGCACCCCCGCCUGCUGCCCUGCUGCUGCUGCUGCCCCAGCCACACCCCCUGCUGUGUCCCCCAUUGCAAGCCCCAAGAUAGUCACACCGACCCAGUUGCGCCCAGUUCGAGCCCCUGGCGUGGCUCAGCCGCAGACUCCACCCCAGAACCCAGCCAUCCGCGUUCCGGCAGCUGCGUCAUUAGCAUCUGGCCUGCGUGGUACAGUGACAUUGGUGCGUACUCGGUCGCCAGGCGUGGCUGGUCAGCAACAGAUCCGAGUCAUUGCCACGACCCCAACUGGGCAACAGGUGGUCAAGACGGUCACUGGAAACCUACCCACAGUCACGACCCAGCACCAGGUGCAGCAGGUUCAGCAAGUGGCCGUGUCACCCUCGGUUUCGACCACUGCUGCUGCUGUGUCUGCCGGGCAGGCACAACAGGCACAGCAGCCCAUGUCCGGCAUGGCAGCACUGGCAGCCGCUGCAGCUGCCACUCAGAAGAUGACCACCGUGACAAGCACAAGUGCAGCUGCGUCGCCAACAUCGGCCAUACGAGUGGUCUCCCCAUCCGUUUUGGCUCAACAGGGACUCAAGCUUAGCACCCUGCCCAUUCAAGGGAGCCCCACCGGAACUGGCACCGUGAGGCUGGCGGCCCCGGGCACCCUGCUCAAGGCAGGCACCACGGCGGGUGGCAAGCAGAUCAUCACGGUGCACAAAGGGGCUGCGGCUACGUCCCAGCCUCAGAUUGUCACCCUCGUCAAGACUACACAGGGCGUCACUUUGGCCACGAUGCCCAAGGUGAGCCUGAUCCAGCAGGCUGGCAAGGCGUCGCCACAGGGCAAGGUAAUUCCCCAGGGUGCCACCAUCGUCAAGCUGGUCACCACGCAAGCAGGCGGUACUGCUACCAAGCCCACACUGAUCACGACCUCGCAGGCACAGCAGCAGCCCACUUUGCUUGGCUUGGCGGGUGCAGCGGGGGCCAGCCCGAAGGUUACCAUCUUGCGAACGCUGCCCAGUAACAUGGUGACAGUGGCAAAACCUGGCUCGCCAGCAUCUGUUGCCACUGUGGGUAGCAACCCAAAGCAACAGCAGACCAUCGUGAUUGCCGCACCCAAGGCAGGCGGCCAGCCGGGAACUGCCAAGCUUCUCACACAGGCAGGUGCCAAGGCAGGUCCUGGUGGCAUCCUCGUUGUUACCACUCAUCCACAGGGCAAGGCCACUGUGGUAGGCACUGCUGCCGCCACGGUUGAAGCUGGCAAGGGUGCCAAGACUACAUCGGUGAAUGUGCUUCCACUGUCGGCAGGCGGCCAGCUCAACUCUGUCUCCUCGCCAGGUGGUGUCAAGAUGAUUGUGGUCUCGUCAGCAGGCCUGACAGGCCAGCAAGCAUUUACGCUGCUUACUACAGCUGCUGGUUCUCGGCCUGGUUUGACUCAGCUGACUAGCAGCAGUGCUCCUAUCACAAUCACCAUGCCAGCUGGUCGGGGCCGGGGUGCAACUGCCGGAGGCGGACAGAUUGUAGCCCUGCCGGCACAGGGGUUGUUGCCCAGUGGGGGAGCCAUCACAAUCCAGACCAAGCCAGGCGUGAGCCCUGCUCAGAAGGUGCUCACCAUCGUGACUACAACCAGUUCGAACACUCGGCCAUCCGCACCGCUCACUGUGGUUACGCAGGCGCUGAGUGGGAGCCUGUCAGCCGCUGGUGGUAAGGUGAUGCUAAUGGCAGCUGCUGGCCAGCCAGACUCAGCCGGUGGGGGAGUCACCUACACCACAUUGCCCUCUUCAGCUCUUGUCCAGGCUGCUGCCCAGCCGACAGCUGUGGACACGGUACUUGACGAGAGUGAUCUUCAGGGAGUUCCCAUGGAGACUGAUGCUGACAGCACUACAGAUCCAGCAGCAAUGCAGUCUGCGCAGGCCUUGCUUGACACCAUGGUGCCUGUGAAGAUCACUGCUGAAGGUGUUUGUGACGAUGGAGUCCAGUCUGCUCAAGCUUGCACAGAUGGCAUUCACUGUGGAACACCAGAGCCCUGCACAGAUGGUAUCCACUGUGGUACACCAGAGCCUUGCGCAGAUGGAAUCCACUGUGGUACACCCGAGCCCUGCGCUGAUGGUAUUCACUGCGGUACACCCAAGCCCUGUGCUGAUGGUAUUCACUGUGGUACACCUGAGCCCUGCACAGAUGGUAUGCACUGUGGUACUCCCGAGCCCUGUGCGGAUGGUGUUCAUUGCGGUACACCUAAGCCAUGCUCAGAUGGCAUCCAUUGUGGCACUCCAGAGAACUGUGACUCACCCGAGCAGCCCCGCUGCGCCAGCCCGGAGCCUCCAUGCAGAUUGUCUCCUGUGCUUCACAACAAGUCCUUGCUGCGGCCUGUGCCCAUGCGCAUGGGUGUGUGUGUGGUGGCCUGUUCGGACCAGGGUGAAGGGGGUGAGGGUGAAAAUGGCCAGCCACCAGGUGAUGACUCUGCACCGGUUGACAGUGGAGGUGGGGGUGGAGGAGAAGGGGAAGAGCCACCAGGGCAGGGAGAUGAUGCACAGGAGCCGCCAGCCCCGCCUCCACCAGCGGACUCCAGUGGUGGGGGGGAUGAGCCACCUGAAGAGCAGGGAUCCGGCACCCCUGAUGCCACCCCUGCUGAUGUACCUGAACAGGAGGAAGAGGAAAAACCCGAGGGUGAAGGUGAGGAAGAGCCAGCCGCAGGCGGCCUGUCUCUGGAGACGCCUGGUGCACUGCCUCCAGACCAGAUGUGUGUAGAUGAUCCACCCCCUCAGCAACCAGCGGCACCGGCUGAACAAGCAGCUGAUGGAGUGAUGUCUGUAGAUGCUGAACCACCUGCAGAAGCCACUGGCGUUAGCGCUGCUGCCGCUGCUGCUGUUGCUGCUGCUGCUGCUGGUGCAACUACUACUACAGCUACCACUACUGCUGCUGCUACUGCGGCAGCUCCGGAGUCUGCAAUGUGUACAGACCCGUUGACCACAUUGGCAUCUGCGGCCGUUUCAACAGCAAGUAGCGCUCCUCCGACUCCAACUACGGCUCCUGUGCUUGCGGCUGCUGCUGCCACCAAUGGCCUAGCAGCUUCCAUCAAGACGGAAGAGGAUGUCAAGCCUCCGGCGGAGCUAAAAGCCGCAGCGCCUGCACCACCACCGGCCAGCGGUGGCAAGCGUGACGGCAUGUGGUUCGACGUGGGUGUGUUCAAGGAGACAUCGUGCCUGGUUUCACACUUCUACCUGCCUUCAGAACAGUCCGAGCAGCAGAGGAAAGACGAAACGGACGUGGACGUUGUGUCUCUAGCUGCCCAUUCGAUGCUGCAGAAACAGGAGCUGCUUCCCGGCACAGCUUACAAGUUCAGGGUGGCUGCCAUCAACGCCUGCGGUCGGGGACCGUGGAGCGAAGUGUCCGCAUUCAAGACAUGCCUGCCCGGUUACCCCGGUGCACCCUCGGCGAUCAAGAUCAGCAAGGGUCCCGACGGCGCCCACCUCUCGUGGGAGGCGCCGCAGGGCAAUCCUGGUGAUGUGACCGAGUACUCAGUGUACCUGGCAGUGCGGUCAGCGACGACCGGUGACGGCGCAGGUCCCGCCAAGACGGUCACCUCAAACCCGUCGCAGCUGGCAUUUGUGCGAGUCUACUGUGGGCCCCAGGCAGCUUGCACGGUGGCCACAGCCUCCUUGGCUUCGGCACAUGUGGACACCACCAGCAAGCCAGCCAUCAUAUUUCGCAUUGCGGCCCGCAACGACAAGGGGUACGGUCCGGCGACUCAGGUCCGGUGGCUCCAAGACGGUGUGGCCCUGAGUGCUGGCCGGGGAGCUGGAGCGGCUACGAAACGACCGUCGUCUGAUGGGAAAGGAGCAGCUGCCAAGAAAGCAAAGAGUGAAGACUCCUGAGCAGCCCGGCAAUGACCAGGCGUGUUUUAUUUGUCAGCUUUUAACCCACCAACGCCCGUGUUACUAUCAUCGGUUAAGUUUUGAUCAUCAUCGAGUUUGAGGACGUUUUUAAAGUGAGUGCCCUCGCUUACCCGUGUCCCGAUUUCCCGGCCCCACGGUUGUACAUAUAAGCAUCGUUGCUUUGCAUCCACGUCUCUUCCUUGGGCAGGCGGGGGUUCUGCGGCACGGGCCCCCAUGGUGGUUUGCCCAAUGUCAUGCCCCACGGUUGGGCAGCGUCUGUAAAUACGCUUUUCUCUUUCUUUUUGUUCUUCCUUGCACCCAUUUAUGCUAAUCAUCGCAGCUCAAAAGCACCCAUCUCACAAUGCAUCCAUGCACAUGCAGGCAUUGCUGCUGACUGUUUUCAUUUUUGUAUAGUCACCCUCUGCCGACUAGCGCGAGGCUUGUAUGUUGCCGGCGCAACGUCCAAAUGUCCUCCCCCUGCCCUGUCCUCCCUUCUGACGUACACUUCCGGACGACGGUGCCCCGGCCUUCUGUCAGAUCAUCGCUGUUUUUCUUUUUUGUGAAGAAAUAAAGCCAUUGUAGACAA